AUGCCUCCUCCGCGGACCCCUCGCGAGAUGCGCCAUCAAUCAAUGGUUGAGCUAGGAUCUCUACAGUCCGAUGGCAGUCCCAAGAGCGUAGAGGAAGUUCUCAGUGCUUUCCCAUAUCCCAACAAGAUUAAACUCCUCGGACGUAUAACGCCUCCCUAUCAAUACAAAGAGCCCGGUUCCGCCAGCCCAUCCUACCGCGCCAACCGCGGAGCCAUCAUCGCCAUCGAAGGCGACGACCCAGCCGCCGUCAAAGAACUCACAGAAUGGCUCAACGAAUACCUCAUCAAGCAAAAGGAAUACAGCCCGCAAAUCGCCGAGCCACCGCAAUCCCCCACCGACAACGCCGACAACGAGGUUACCUUCGAAGACUACCUCGACCUAAUCAAAGAAUGGCACGCCAAGAGCAAAGAAAUGAUCAAAUACAUCACCACCACACCCACUUCACCCAUAGACACCCCGUCAUCCAACAACAGCGACACAAUCAUCGUCUCCACAAAAGACACCCGCAAAGACUCCGCCACACCCCCCGACUCCCCCUCCCACUCCCUUUCUUCCACCUCCCCCACCAUCAAACCCGUAAUCCUGCUCCCAACCUUCCAACUCGCCGCCUCCAUCGCCUACGCCUCCCGCAUCCCCAUCCAAGAUGCCUACAGCCCAACCGACCACUGGCAGUGGAUGGCGACGCUGUGGCGCGGCACCGUAGGACCCGAUUUGACGCUGUAUGUGAAGAGCUUUGAUCCGAAGGAGGGGCAGGUGGGGCUGAAACCGGAGAUGGACGAAGGGGUUAGGUGUUUGAGUGUUUGGAAGGCGUGUGGACCUGGAGGCAGGUUUGCGGAUGCGGAUUUGAGGAGGGUGGGGUUUGAGGUUGGGGAGUGGGUUAAGGGUUAG